AUACGCUAUGCGUUGUCACGUGAUCUAAACUUUAAUGAUUAAAAUAUUGCUGCAGAUUUUUUUGAAACUUCUUAUAUUUUCCUGUAAAAAUUCAUUUAAUCAUAUCAAUUUGCUUGUUUGUAAUAUAAAUAGCCAAAUCUUUGAGGAAAAAAUGUGACUAAUUGAUGCACCCACGUGAUUAUUGCGAGACAUUAAUUACCUCGAGGCUGAUCUGAGGCGAAUCCUCCGCGCUGUAUUUGACGCGGUGGCCAAAACACGUGAAAGUAUUUGAUUGAAAGUAUUUUGAAAUUUGAAUUAAGUGUUUUUAAAGGAAGAUGAGAGAAGAUGGGCCAGCUAUUUGUGAUGGGAAGAACUACAUCAUCAUCAAAGGAUCCUUUAUGAAGCUUGCGAAGUUGAAGACCCAAAAGCAAUGUCAGCUGGGUCGGGCAUCUGUGGACGUGGCCGGCCUGCUCGGGCACCCAGUCGGCACACAGUUCAGACUACACUCUGGUGGAGGCAAGCAGCGCCUGAUGCGGCCGGAGCCUGUCGAACACACAGAGGACCUGGCGGAUGCCAUAGCUGCCGACGAGAGUGCGGCCGACAACCGUAACCUGCUGGCCAAUCAGACGUCACAGGCCAUGACCAAGGAGCGCAUCAUGGAGAUGAGGGAGCAGGGCGCCACCGGGAGGGAGAUCGUCACCACCAUCGUCGAUAACAGCACAUCAUUUCAGGGGAAAACUGAGUUUUCGCAAGCGAAAUAUGUGCGGAAGAAGCAGAAAAAGUAUUUCGAGUUCAUCAGUGUUCAAGAGCCGACGGUCAGACUGGUCGCCAGUAUGUACUACAUGCAGGACCCGCUGAAGAUCAUGAACCUGCGUGUGGACUCGCUGAGCCAGCUGCUGACGGCGUGCAGUGUCCGGCCGGGCGGCCGCUACCUGGUGCUCGAGUCGGGCUGCCUGGCGGUGACUGUGGCGGCCGUGCUGGAGCGGCUCGGCGGCCACGGUCACCUGGUGCACCUGUUCCAGGGAGGCACGCCGCAGAGGCACGCGGUGGACGCCAUCAACUUCACAUCUGACCAGCUGGCCUGCCUGUCGUGUCUGGACCUGCGCACACUGAUGACCCACCACCCUGCCGAUCCCACCGCCUCCGCCCCCACCGCCUCUGCAGCUCCCGCUUCUGGCGCUUCCCCCGCCAGUGCAGAGGCUCAGGCCGACAAGACGGCCGCAGCGGACCAGAAAACGGCCGCUCCGAAUGGUGAGACCGCGUUAACGGCGGAAGAAUCGUCGAAACCAGCUGCCGACGGGAUCCCGUCAUCAGGUGGAGGCGGUGACGCCACACCUAUAGAUGGUGGUGAUGAGGUCAUAACUGACGGCGGUGAUGACGUCACACCCGCGACUGAGGAUCCCGCAGCGGCGGCAGAGGAAGUCGAGGGAACGGAGGCACAGGAGUCGAGGAAGCGCCGCCUCAGUGGUAGCCAGGCGGAGACCGGAGAGCGAAAAUCCAAGUACGCCAGGACGCGCUGCGAGGACUCUGAGCUGGCGCUGAACAUGCUGUCCUCAAAGGAGAUGGACGGCCUGCUGCUGUGCUGCCGACAGCAUCCCGUCAACCUCCUGCGCUACCUGCUGCGCUUCCUCGCCGUGUCGCGGCCAUUCGCAGUCUUCUGUCCAUAUAAAGAGCCGCUGUUGGAGUGCUAUUUCGCCAUGAAAGCCGAGGGCUGCAUCAUGCUGAAAGUCACCGAGACGUGGCUAAGAAAUUACCAGGUGCUUCCUGAGCGGACUCACCCCGAGAUCAACAUGUCGGGCGGCGGCGGCUACAUCCUCUCCGGCUUCAAGGUGGACCGCUCGCUCAACAGGGCGGCCGUCACGGACUGACCGGUGGACGGGCCCGCCCACCGACCUCUAUGUUACAGUCCGGGGGACACCCACAGUCACAGGCAGGGAGCUGGGCGCGUCGCCACUGGUCUGUGUUAGUAUGUGAUGACAACCGCGCCACGGUCAUUGCUGAUCUUUGUUUUCAUAUGAUCGACUUUUUGUCAUACAUUGAUAAAGAUCG